AUGGGUACUAAUCAAUCGAAAACAUGUUUGAGUGAAAAAGAUAUUCAUAUGAUACAAAAACAUACGGGACUUGAUCGCGAGAAGAUCGCGAGCUGGCAUCAAGCAUUCCUAACAGAUUGUCCAAGAGGUACACUUAACAAGGAGCAAUUUGUGCGAUUUUAUUCCGAAUUAUAUCCAGACGCUGAGAAGGCGAAAGCUUACAGCCAGUGUGUAUUUCGAGCAUUCGACCAAGACAAAAGUGGUUAUAUCGAUGACAGUGACCAUAAUGGAUAUAUCGAUAGAGGCGAGAUGAUCAAAAUGCUAGAUGCCAUGUUUGAUAUGCUGAAUGUGGAUCGACGCGCCCUCGAAAAUACUCCAGAAUAUCGCGUGAAAAUCAUUAUGAACGCAUUAGAUCACGAUAUGGACGAUAAAAUAUCAAGCGAAGAGUUUAUCGAGGGCGUUUGUAGAAAUGAUGCCAUUAGAAAAAUACUAUUGCCUGAUUAA